AUGGGGGAUCGCGCCCAACGCCAGCCGUCUCCGCUGCGAGUUGCGGCCAAUAUUGCACCAUGGCUUCUGUUGACUGCGGAGUCUACUGCGUUCGUGUUGUUAGCUCAUUAUUCUCGAGUAAUGCCCCCCGCCGGUGGUAAACGCUACCUGACCUCUACGGCCGUGUUCCUAGUCGAAGUCGUCAAGCUGGCCAUCUCCCUCACAAUGGCGCUCUAUGACGUCUCCAAAGCUGCACCACCUUCGAUGCCCGCAACCUCCCUCUUCUUCUCCCUCACAAGCACCGUGUUCUCAGGCGACAGCUGGAAACUUGCUAUUCCCGCCGGGCUCGACGUCUUGUCCAACUCCCUGCUGUUCAUUGCACUCUCAAACCUACGAGCUGCGUCAUUCCAGAUUACAUUCCAGUUGAAGUUCCUUACCACUGCGGUCUUUGGUCUGAUGCUCAUGAAACGGAGCAUCCCUCCCCGCAAGUGGGGCUUGCUUUUGCUUCUCGUGGUGGGCGUGGCGUUGGUGCAAAUCCCCGAUGCAAGCCCCGAGCAGAUGCUGCAGGAUGAUCAUCCUGGUCAUCAUUUCCCUCGGUCCUUAGAGGAGUGGAAGGCUGUCAAGCAAGUUGCUGGAUCUGGCAGCAGUUUACAAAAGCGGUCUGCAACAUACGAGGGUAUCGAAGAGGAUAUCCUAACGGCUGACCCUCACUUGAACCCCACAAUCGGUCUCCUGGCGACCAUCGGAGCUGCUUUCGCUUCUGGACUUGCGGGUAUUUAUUUUGAGAAAGUCCUGAAAGACAGCUCGAACCAUAUCUCGUUGUGGGUCCGCAAUGUGCAAUUAGCGAUUUACUCUGUUUUCCCGGCUUUCUUCAUUGGGAUUGUCUUCCGGGAGGGCGAAAAAAUCGCCGAAGAUGGCUUCUUCCAGGGCUACAAUUGGGCGGUGUGGUCUACCAUCAUCAUCCAGGCCUUGGGUGGUAUCUUUUCUGCAUUUUAUGUCAGCCAUGCACAAAAGGACGCAAGGAGUUUAGCCACGACUGCCAACAUCAUUUUGAGCAUUGUUGGAAGUAUCUGGUUGUUUGACUUCGAGGUCAAUGCAAGCUUCCUCCUGGGCUCGGCUGCAGUACUGGUAGCAACCCACUACUAUGGGAACCCCACCCACAACCCUGUAAUGAGUGCCUUGCGUCCACCUCCUAUCCGUAUUGACGCCUACGAAAAAGAUCCUGCAGGCCCCGGGGCAUCCCCUGUGGCGCCUCCCAAUGACUUUUCUAUCAAACUUCCAACCUCACCUUUUCUCUCUGACGGCAUGUCGUCCUCCCGUCCCACCUCACCUGGCCACACUAGAGUAAGCGCUGGCCGAAAUGCAAGCGUGGGCAGCUAUUUUGAUGAGAAAUGA